AGUUCCGGGUCGUGGCGCGGCUCGGGGGCAACAGGGCUGCUGCUCGGCCGGCCGGCGGCGGCGAGCGCUGGGGGCAUGAGGGCGAGCUGGGAAAGCGGCAAUUGAGCCGGCCGGGAAGAGCGCCAGUCCCCAAGGAGUCCGAGAGUGAGGAGCCCUGGGCAGGGGCCGGGAGGCGCGGGGAAGCCGGGCUCUUCCCUCAGGACCGUGUCCCGGGGCCCACCCGGCCCGUAGAGUGGCAGCUGCUUCAGGGAGGUGAGCACGUGAAACAAUAUGAAGAGGAGAAAAUAGCCUUUUAAGGAGAUUGGCCCACAGAAAGGAUGGCCUUCUUGGACAAUCCAACUAUCAUUCUAGCUCAUAUUCGACAGUCACAUGUGACCAGUGAUGACACAGGAAUGUGUGAGAUGGUUCUCAUUGAUCAUGAUGUUGACCUAGAGAAGAUUCAUCCUCCUUCAAUGCCUGGAGACAGUGGGUCAGAAAUUCAGGGAAGCAAUGGUGAGACUCAGGGCUAUGUAUAUGCCCAGUCAGUCGAUAUUACCUCAAGUUGGGACUUUGGUAUUAGAAGACGCUCAAAUACAGCUCAAAGAUUAGAACGACUCCGAAAAGAGAGACAAAACCAGAUCAAAUGCAAAAAUAUUCAGUGGAAAGAAAGAAAUUCUAAGCAAUCAGCCCAGGAGUUAAAGUCACUAUUUGAAAAAAAGUCCCUCAAAGAGAAACCUCCAAGUUCUGGAAAGCAGUCAAUAUUAUCUGUACGACUGGAGCAGUGCCCUCUACAGCUGAAUAACCCCUUUAAUGAGUAUUCCAAAUUUGAUGGCAAGGGUCAUGUCGGCACAACAGCAACCAAGAAGAUCGACGUCUACCUCCCCCUGCACUCGAGCCAGGACAGACUUCUGCCAAUGACUGUGGUGACAAUGGCCAGCGCCAGGGUGCAGGACCUGAUCGGGCUCAUCUGCUGGCAGUACACAAGUGAAGGACGGGAGCCGAAGCUCAAUGACAAUGUCAGUGCCUACUGCCUGCAUAUCGCUGAGGAUGAUGGGGAGGUUGACACAGACUUCCCCCCACUGGAUUCCAACGAGCCCAUUCAUAAGUUCGGCUUCAGUACUUUGGCCCUGGUUGAAAAGUAUUCAUCUCCUGGUCUGACAUCCAAAGAGUCGCUCUUUGUUCGGAUAAAUGCUGCUCAUGGAUUCUCCCUUAUUCAGGUGGACAACACAAAGGUCACCAUGAAAGAAAUCUUGCUUAAGGCAGUGAAACGAAGAAAAGGAUCCCAGAAAGUUUCAGCCAGUGCCCAAAACAGCACCGAUCUACACCAGCCCCGCCCAUCCCCAGGAAACCCAACCAACCCCAACCCAGAGAUGGAGCUGUCUUGUGAUUAUCGAAGCAGUGGGGACACAUGGAGUCAGUUGGAGGUGGACCUCCCAGUCUGCUUUGGAGGAGGAGGCCCUCAGUACCGCCUGGAGAAGCAGAGUGAGCCCAAUGUCGCCGUGGACCUGGAAAGCACUUUGGAGAGCCAGAGCGCAUGGGAGUUCUGCCUGGUCCGCGAGAACAGUUCAAGGGCAGACGGGGUUUUUGAGGAGGAUUCACAAAUUGACAUAGCUACAGUACAGGAUAUGCUGAGCAGUCACCAUUACAAGUCAUUCAAAGUCAGCAUGAUCCACAGACUGCGAUUCACAACCGAUGUCCAGUUAGGUAUCUCUGGAGACAAAGUAGAGAUAGACCCUGUUACGAAUCAGAAAGCCAGCACUAAGUUUUGGAUUAAGCAGAAACCCAUCUCAAUCGAUUCUGACCUGCUCUGUGCCUGUGACCUUGCUGAAGAAAAAAGCCCCAGUCAUGCAAUAUUUAAACUCACGUAUCUAAGCAAUCAUGACUAUAAACACCUCUACUUUGAAUCUGACGCUGCUACCGUCAACGAAAUCGUACUCAAGGUGAACUACAUCCUGGAAUCACGAGCAAGCACUGCCCGGGCUGACUAUUUUGCUCAAAAACAAAGAAAACUGAACAGACGUACAAGCUUCAGCUUCCAGAAGGAGAAGAAAUCAGGGCAGCAAUGACACCGGCCUCCAACCCCAAUCUGUCGCCGUAGCUCAGAGCCUGCCUGCCGGGGCCAGGUGGCCCUAAAGCCCACACUGUGUCCCGCAGUCCUCAGGGGCAGGCCAGCCCCUGGCUCACGGCCACAAGGCUGGGGGGCUCUUGGGGAACGGAGCUGGGGACAUCUCCACGGGACCGAAGCCUGAGUGGCAGUGGCUUUGAUGAGCAGUGCCAGGGGCCAGAACACAGGCACCCCGCCCAGCCGUCUUCACUGCCCGACGGCCCUGCUGAGGAUGUACAUAGCCAUGCCCAGACAUUUCCUUGCAACUUGAUCAAAUUUCUUAAACGAAGAACAAAAAUGUACAUUUCUUUUUUUUUUUUUUUUCCUUUUAAUAAACAGGUGUACUCUUUA